AUGUUCCACCAGUUCUCCAAUGGGCCCUGGAUCAUAGAGUCCUGCCAGGAGGCAUUUAUCCUGCGUCUGUACCGUCAGAAGAACAAGACGGGAUUCAUCAAGGCGCUGUCAGACCAGCCGCAGUCCUUUGCUGCCGGCUUCUGCCAGCUGGAGCGAGUCAUGCGUAACCUGUUCGUCCGCAAGCUCUUCCUCUGGCCAAGGUUCCAUGCAUCUGUAACUGAUUUCAUGGAUGCACAUAAGCCGGACGUAGUUGAGAUUCAGCUGAAGCUGAGCCCCUCCAUGCUGGCCAUACAGACAGCUAUCUUAGACAUCAUAGCUGCUUGCAUCAAGGAGGUCCAACGAUGCAACCCAUCGCUAGACAGCUCUGAAGUCACAGUGGAGUCGGCUAUCGGUCGGAAAUCCUUAGAGCAAGCUAUACGGAGACAACUCCAACCCCUAUGGCAUCAAUUGACCGCCACCACAAAACAGCUUAUUGCCGACUUGAAGCUGCUCCAGAUGCUAUUGUACUACCUGACACAGUACGACUGUGUUACGUUUUAUAAUUUUCUGAAAUCUCUAAGAACUAAUGAGAAGACCGUAACCAAUAACUCUGGUUGGCUGUUCAUGGAGUCGGCUGAAUCCAUGUUUGUGCAUGCCAAAGAACGAGUGUAUAAAUUAUCCAAGAAGGCGAAGGGAAAAUCAACACAGGACAGCGAGGGUACCAGUGACAAGAUACCAGCUACUCGUGAACUCAACCUGGAAGAAAACCCCAAAUGGAAGGUGCUGUCUGAAAUCAUGGAGGAAAUUAAACAAGAAAACUCAGAAUUUAACAGUAACCGCAUCCUGAUCUGUGCCAGCGAUGACAGAACCUGUGCACAGCUGAAGGAAUACCUUCAAGAUGGCGGACAGAAACUGCUGCAGAGACUGUAUGCAAAGACGCUAGGGGACCAGUCAGGCAGGGAUACCGGUGACGUCCAAGGAGCAAAACAGAUGCCCAACAAGGCCGGGAAGAAUCAGCCAACCAGGGGAAGAAGGAAAGCCAGAGGUCAAAGGUCGGAAAAGGAGGAUACCAGCGAUGCCAAAGAGAAAACACUCACCCUGACGCAGAUGGUGCGAGCUAAAGGAGGACCACAGGAGGGAUCAGCCAGUGAAGAUGAUGAUAACGAUGUAGAAAUGGAGUCUGCCGAUGAUUCGGAGGAGAGACAGGAUGAGGAGUUACUGCUGGUAUCAUCUCCCGAGGCCUACUAUGGAAUCACCGCCUCACCGCUGACUGUCAUACACCCACUGCAUGGAUGCAAAGAUCCUUACAGCUUAAGCAAGACACUGCAGGAAGUACAGCCGAUGUUUGUCAUCCUGUACGAUGCUGAAAUACAGUUUGUCAGGCAGCUGGAGGUAUUCAAGGCCAGCAGGCCAGGCCAUCCUCUCAGAGUCUAUUUCCUCAUCUACUCAGGCUCCACUGAAGAGCAGCGCUACCUGACCAGCCUACGCAAGGAGAAACAAGCCUUUGAGCACUUGAUCAGAGAGAAGGCCACCAUGGUGUUAUCAGAGGAAGUGGAGGGCCACGGGGACACGGCACCGCAGCUGAACAGGGACCAACAAUCAGCCACUGGUUCCCUGCAGAGUAGCAGUAGCAGAGCUGGUGGGCGUCAGUCACAGGGACAGGUGCAACAGAAGGUGAUUGUUGACAUGCGUGAAUUCCGGAGCGAACUUCCUUCUUUGAUUCAUAAGAGAGGAAUUGACAUUGAACCAGUUACCAUCGAGGUAGGUGAUUACAUCCUAACCCCAGACGUGUGUGUUGAGAGGAAGAGUGUUAGCGAUCUGAUCAGCUCCUUAGCAUCCGGCAGACUCUUCAACCAAUGCACGUCCAUGACACGCUACUACAAACACCCUGUGCUGCUCAUCGAGUUUGACCCCAAGAAGUCUUUUUCACUGCAAUCCAAAAGCACUGCCUCCAAGGAGAUCACCUAUCAGGACCUGUCCUCUAAGAUUGCCCUACUCACCAUGCACUUCCAAAAGCUCAGGAUCCUGUGGUGCCCCAGCCCUCAUGCCACUGCACAACUGUUUGAAGAACUCAAGGCUGGGAGGGAGCAGCCUGACGCUGCUGCAGCUGCCACAGUGACAGCGAGCGAGGAAGCCCAGCAAGCCAGGUACAACCACGGACCCUACGACAUGCUGCUCAAGAUGCCUGGGGUCAAUGUCACCAAUUGCAGGCGUCUUCUCAAAUGUGUCAGCGAUUUCACAGAGCUGAGUGCGAUGAGUCAGGAGCAAUUGGCCGAGACGUUGGAGCACAGUGGGAACGCAUCGUUGCUGUGGAACUUCCUGCACUCCAAGGGCUCAACAGCGAGCAAGGAUGCGGCCAAGACAGCCAAUCCACAGGGGAAGUUCCAGCGGGGCGGCAAGAGACCGUUUUAUGGGAAAAAGAGAAAGGGGGUCACCAAGAGAUGACGUCGAUACACGUUUUCUAUUUGUGGGGGGCGGGGUGGGGGGGGGGGGGAGUCUGGUUCUUGGAAGUCAAAUCCUGCUCCAAGGAGGUGAAAGCAGGAGGUCUUGGGUUCGAGUCCCACCCGAGUGAUUUUUUUCCAACUUUCGCUUGGGAGGUAACACACUGAGUAUACAGUGUUUAUACGUCGGUGAAGGGGGG